AUGUAUCCACCUUCCUCCUCUCCGACUCUGACGAGGAAAGCGGUACUUUCAAGCAGGAAAAGUGGACAGCGCCGCGGUCUCGUCCUCGACAGACGAGCUCUACGCCCAGUAAAGCGUCAAAAUGCUUGGCGGCCGAAAUCAAGGCUGUUUGCUCGGCAGCAGCCAAGACAACCGAAGCAAAACCCUCACCCCGAAUGGCCCAAGUGUAUGGAAAGACCUCUCCGCAGCGGAUGCUACACCUCAGAACAACCAGCAGCGACGGUCAAACGACCACACAGGUUAUUGAUUGGAACACGAGUGACCCACUCACAUCCCCUGCCGAGGGCGGCAUCCCAAGACCAGACUCGCCCACCAUAUAGCGUUCUCGUGGGAUACUCUGAAAGAGAUUUAAUCUCUUACAGGGGUCAGCGAAAAGGGCUUCAUGCUUAUUCUCAACCCUCUGCAACUCUCUGA